CAUCAAAUCGAUACCCGCAGCGCGCAGCAAAUUCCCCAAAACGCAAGCAAAACCAGGCUAAUUAAUCAAGCAAGCACCGAAACCCCACUUUCUCAUUCCUCUCCGAAAAAAAAAGAUGCACAUAAAUCUCUUUUAUUGGUAGUCCUCUCUCUCGCGAGGCGCCACUCUCUCACUCUGCGCCGAGCUUCCGUUGCUCCGCCGGACCACCACACCGUUCUCGAUCUCAGAAAACUCUAAACAAUUUCGUUCCGGGGGCAAAAAAACCCUAAACACUUACUCACAUGAACGAUGAAGAGUCUACUGCGCUCGUCGAGGGAGCAAUUGAGUGGGAAAAUUCUGACGGCGAGCUAGGGUUUCGAAACCCAAAACGUAAGUUGAAGGGUUCCAAGAAGAUGGGCGACGGGAUCGAGAAAGGAUGCAAGAGGAAAUCUAUGGCCUCGCUUGAAGCUGGAGCCGAAUCGGAUGAUGAGGCUCUGCCGAUUGGAUCUCUGUUCAAGAAGAAGGCCAGGGUUGCGAAAAAGGCAAAAGCUUUGGGUUUGGAGAUUAGGGUAGACACAGAGAAGGAAAACCCUAGGGCUGAGGAGAAGGUGGAUUCAGGGGAAUUGGGGGAUACAUUGGCUAGCUUUAGGAAGAGGUUGAAAGGGCCGAGAAAGCUUAAGGAUGUGGCUGGUGAUGGAUCUGAUAGCCCUAGGGAUUCCGAGGUCAAGAGGUCGUGGCUGGGGUCGGGCAUGAAGACCCAGAAGAAGGGGAUUUUGGACGCAGAUGAUUCACUGUUUGCCUUUAUUCGAAAGGCUCAAUCUGCAUCGGGAAGGAAAUCACGGUUAGGGUCUAAUCAGAAGAAGCAUGUUAAAGAAGCUCCAAGCAACGGUGAUGGGUUGGAGGAAAGCUUUGAUAGGGUUUCAAAUGGAUCUUCAUUGCCAUUGCUUGCUUCUGAUGGGAUACAUCAGAGUAAUGUAGGUCAUCGACAAGGUAGGAAGCCUCGUGAUGUUUUGGUUGUAGAGGAGAAAGUGGCUGAUGAUAGAAUCGAUGAAGUUUUGGAUUGGAAUGUUGAUGGGAGAUUGGGGAAUGUUGAUGGGAGAUUGGGGGAUGGGCUGGGGGAUUUUGGGAAAAGUCGAUCAUCUUCAAGUAGAAAAGGUAGGGCUAAUGUUCAAGAAUCUAUUAGAGUAUCAAGCCGAGCUUCUUAUACAAAAUCCAGAGGGUCAGAUUGUGGUAGUGUUGAUGAAGAUGGAGCUGCUAAUCUAAACCAAAAUUAUACUGAGGAUGUGCUGCCUCACCAAAACAAAGAGGAGUUACAAUCAUUGGAGGACGGUUUGAAACAUUGCUCCAAUGGGAAAAGGAGUAAAUCAGCGCAGGAAGAUAAUGAUUUAUCCAUGAAUGAUUCUGAUCGUGGAGAGAAAAUUGAUUACGUAGAGCUGAAGGUUGAAGAUAUAACUGAAAACCAUGCGACAAGGUCAUCACCGUUGAAGGAUGCAAUGAGGAAACGUUCUAAGGGCAACUGUGUUCUACAUCAAAACCUAUGUUUUGCAGGGCCACUUGAGAUGUCAGAGGAACCUCAGAUAAAUCCUCCUUCUACAAUGCAGAUAAAAGAAGUUUCAGAGUCUGUCUGUGAUUACCAGUUGAAUGCAUAUUGCUCAUCAACUCAAAAUGAGAACACUGAUGUGAACAAUGAAUACCCAAACUUACCUUCAGAGGAGGCAUUUGAAAAGUUGUAUGCUCAUUCUGAGAAACUGUCAUCUGUUUCCGAAAGAAAUCUGACAGAGCAAAUUGAAGGAUCUUGUGAACCAUCAAAGUGGUCUCCUGAGAUGUUUAAGGCUUCUGUCCCUUCUUCCCUUGAUGAGAACUCGCAGUCUGUUGUACCAAAUCAAGCAGCUACUAUUUCAGGUGCCCCUGAUGGACUCAAUGAGCUAUCUAAUGGUCAAGUUUUCUCCAUGACUCGCCAUGGUGGCAAUGAAGAUAUUCAGAAAGAGAUUGAUUGUUUGGAUAAACAGCGUAAAGAUGGUAUGGUGUGUGCUAAAUCUCCAUUGAGGACAUCCAAUGUGUGGGUGGAAGUGAAUUUGGGAUCUGUUUGUGGACUACCUCAAUCUUCAGUAAGAGAUUUGUUAGCUGUGCCUGACCAAGUCACUAGACGAUCAAACAUCUUGUCUGCUUUCAACUGCGACAGAUUAUCCACCUCUAGUGACUCAUUAAACCAAUUUGUACAAGGGACGUCAUCACUAAAUAAACCUUUUGAUGAUGUUUUUGAGGAGCCCUCUUCUACUGCAGUUAAAGAGCUUGUAACGAAUAAGGACAAUGACACAUCAGAAACCCGACAACUUGAUGUAGUGGUAAUGUCUGACCUAGAAACUGCGGAUAGUCAAUCAAUGGUCCUCCGGCCAGUGCGCACAAAGAAGCAUAGGCAGAGCGAAAUGACACAUGAGGGAGAUGAUGACUGGGAAGUCCUUACGUAUCAGCGAGGAUUUCUUGCAGAUGUUUCAGUUGCUAAGGGUGACUGCUCUGUUAGAACAAAACAGAAGCCUAACUAUUCAUAUUUGCUGGGGGAAGCCCCUUUUGGAGAUACAGCAGCUGUAGCAGUGGGACUGAAGGUUUCUGCUGCCGGACCAAUCGAAAAAAUCAAAUUUAAGGAGGUCCUGAAACGCAAAGGUGGUCUACAGGAAUAUCUAAGUUGCAGGAAUUCAAUCUUAGAACUUUGGAGUAAAGAUGUAAAGCACGUAUUGCAUGCUGAAGACUGUGGUGUAUCUAGUAUUCCUGUUGAAGAUGAAUCCCCGCGGGAAUCUCUUGUUCGGGAAAUUUUUCUGUUUCUUGACAGCCACGGUUAUAUAAAUGCAGGAAUUGCUUCAGAACAGGAAAAGCCACAACCUGGUAAUUUGUUCCAGUCUGUGCUUUUGAAGGAAUCCAAUUCUAAGGAAACUACUGGCGAAACAGUUAGUUGUGUUGGUGAAUGCCCUCCAUUUCUUGCUCAGAAUACAGUAUCUCAAACAAUUGCCUUGAUGAAGGAUCCUACAUCUCUUGAGGUUCCCGAGGCUGCAUCAUUGCUUCAGACAGAUGGUGGUAAAAUUGGGAAGCUUACUGCACAAGGUGUAGAAUUAGAGUUAUCUGCACAGGUUAAAUCUGAAGACCAUGCAACUGAUAGCAUUGAAGUGGACAUGCAGCCUGUUUCAAUGUCGAUAAUACAAUUACCUAAUGGCAAUUCUGAUGAGAAUAAUGUGCGCAAUAGUGUGGAAAGCCAUACAAAUAGUGCAUAUCGUGACCAUGGGAUAUGCCCAAAUGGGAUUGAGAGGAGUAACGCUCAAGAACAAGGUAGUCUGUUUACACCCACUAUUCCUAGUACUGAUCCCAUUGCCAAUAGAGAUUUCGGGCCAAGUCCUUUUGAUUCUCUGAAGCCGAUGGAAGCCACCCAAAGUUCUCAUCAUCCAUUUCGUAGCGCUAUUAACAGACAAUCCUUUUCAGCAAAUUGCGAUACUUCUUGGGAAUUAGAUGAUCGCAAGAGAGUAAUCAUUGUUGGGGCUGGACCUGCUGGCUUAACAGCAGCACGGCAUUUGCAACGUCAAGGUUUUUCUGUCAUGGUGCUUGAGGCUCGAGAUAGGAUAGGUGGUCGUGUAUAUACUGAUAGGUCAUCGCUUUCAGUUCCUGUAGAUCUUGGUGCCAGCAUAAUUACUGGUGUCGAGGCUGAUGUUGCUACUGAAAGAAGGCCUGACCCCUCCUCUCUCAUAUGCAAUCAGUUAGGUCUUGAGUUGACAGUUUUGAACAGUGAUUGUCCUCUCUAUGACAUAAUCACAGGUCACAAAGUGCCUGCUGACUUGGAUGAAGCUCUGGAAGCAGAAUAUAAUAGUCUUCUUGAUGACAUGGUCCCAUUUAUUUCUAAAAAUGGUGAAAAUGCAAGGAAGAUGUCACUUGAGGAUGGAUUAGAAUAUGCUCUUAGGAGACGUCGUAUGGCUCUCUCCGCAUCAGCUGCUGCAGAACCUGAUCAUUCCACCUCAGUUUGUCAAACCAUAGAUGCUUGGCUUAGUGAUUCAGGUGAUAUUACAAUGUUAAAUGGCACGUAUGAUACUCUGAGAACAGAAGUAUUGAGUCCUCUUGAAAGGAGAGUAAUGGAUUGGCACUUUGCGAACUUGGAGUAUGGAUGUGCUGCUCUGCUCAAAGAAGUAUCUCUUCCAUUUUGGAAUCAGGAUGAUAUUUAUGGAGGAUUCGGUGGACCUCAUUGUAUGAUAAAAGGAGGUUACAGCACUGUGCUAGAAAGUUUAGCAAAGGGACUUAAUGUUCAUUUGAACCAUGUAGUUACUGAAGUUGCCUAUUGCAUGGAGUCUGAUGGAAGAGGCCAGCAGAAAAAUAAAGUGAAAGUAUGCACAUCAAAUCAGAGUUAUUUUGUUGGAGAUGCUGUCUUGAUCACUGUGCCACUCGGUUGUCUAAAGGCGAACACCAUUAAGUUCUCUCCAGUUCUUCCAGACUGGAAAGAGUCCUCCAUUAAGAGGCUUGGUUUUGGCGUGCUGAACAAAGUGGUCCUGGAGUUUCCUGAAGUUUUUUGGGAUGAUUCUGUAGAUUACUUUGGAGCUACUGCCGAAGAAACUGGUAGCAGAGGCCAAUGUUUUAUGUUCUGGAAUGUCAAAAAGACAGUUGGUGCACCUGUUCUUAUAGCACUUGUGGUUGGUAAGGCAGCUAUAGAUGGACAAACAAUGAGCAAGUCUGCUCAUGUGAAUCAUGCUCUGAAAGUUCUCCGUAAGCUUUUUGGUGAAUUUUCUGUACCUGAUCCAGUGGCAUCUGUUGUCACAAAUUGGGGUAUUGAUCCUUUUAGUAGGGGUGCAUACUCUUAUGUUGCUGUUGGAGCUUCAGGGGUUGACUAUGACAUUUUGGGGAAACCUGUUGAGAACUGUUUGUUUUUUGCUGGUGAAGCAACCUGCAAAGAGCAUCCAGAUACUGUUGGUGGUGCAAUGAUGAGUGGUCUUCGAGAAGCCGUACGUAUUAUUCACAUCUUAACCACUGGAAAUGAUUAUGCAGCAGAGAUUGAGGCUAUGGAAGCUAUACAGAGACAGUCAGAUAGCGGAAGGACUGAACUCAAGGAUAUGUCAAAAAGACUUGAAGCAUGCAAGUCCACCGAUAUUCUUCCUAAACACUUGUCAGAUGGAACACAUGCGUCGUUCCCUAAGGAAGCUUUACUGAGGGACAUGUUUCCCAAUGCAAAGACAACAUCUGGACGAUUACAUCUGGCUAAAGAAAUGUUACGUCUUCCUGUUGAAGCUCUUAAAUUAUUUGCUGGUACUAAAGAAGGGCUAAGUACACUCAAUUCUUGGAUACUUGAUUCUUUGGGGAAAAAUGCCACCCAGCUCUUACGUCAUUGUGUCCGUUUACUUGUCCUUGUGUCAACUGAUCUGCUGGCUGUUCGUUUAUCUGGCAUAGGAAAAACAGUAAAAGAGAAAGUCUGUGUGCAUACCAGUCGAGAUAUACGCGCUAUAGCAAGCCAGCUGGUCAACAUGUGGAUUGAAGUUUUUCGCAAGGAAAAGGCUACUAAUGGGGGGUUGAAAUUAUUGAAACAGACAGCAGCAUCAGAAUCCUCAAAGGGCCGACCCAAAGAUCAAAUUUCUGGACAGAUGCGUUUGGCUAGUGAUGUGGGAAACCAUUCUACGAGACCAAGUAUUAGAAAAACCGAUAGCAAGACAGUGAGGCUAGAAACUUUGAUAGACACAAAGUCUGAGGCUAACUCCUCAUGUUUUCAGAGUUCAAUUCAGGGCCAUGAUUCUAAGGUGGAAAGUGACGGGGUAAUGUCUGAGGAAGAAGCUGCAGCUUUUGCUGCAGCUGAAGCUGCCCGUGCUGCUCUUGCAGCUGCUGAGGCAUUUGCAUCUUCAGAAGCAGAGGUUGGUUCUUUGCGCGAACUUCCAAAGAUACCGUCAUUCCACAAGUUUGCUAGACGUGAACAAUAUGCGCAGAUGGAUGAUUCUGACUCCAGAAGAAGAUGGUCUGGUGGCAUUCUGGGGAGACAGGAUUGUAUAUCUGAAAUAGACUCCAGAAACUGCAGGGUUAAAAAUUGGUCUCUUGAUUUUACUGCUACUUGUGUCAAUAUUGACAACUCAAAGAUGUCCGGAGAUAAUUAUACACAGGGGAGUAACUCAAAUGAGAUGGGCCCAGUGAGUUACAGAGAGCAUUCAGGAGAAAGUGGUGCAAUGGACAGCAGAUUAACGAAGGCAUGGGUUGAUACAGAUACUGCUGGGAGUGGAGGUGUUAAGGAUUAUCUUGCCAUCGAGAGAUGGCAAUCACAAGCAAUGGAUGCAGAUGCUGAUUUUUACAGCCGUCUGCAUUUAAGAGAUGAAGAAGAUUCAAACAGAAGUUGUAGGCCGCCCACGGUAAAAGAUGGAAGACGGGCUGAAGAAAGUUCUGCUUCUCAAAUUGCAGAGAAGAAAUUAUUAACAGAAGGCAAUUCCAGGGGAGUUGAGCAUAUUAAACAAGGCAUUGUGGAUUAUGUGGCAUCCCUGCUUAUGCCUUUAUACAAAAAUAGGAAGAUCGAUAAAGAUGGUUACAAGUCAAUAAUGAAGAAAACUGCAACUAAGGUUAUGGAACAAUGUACAGAAGCAGAAAAAAGGUUGACCAUUCCUGAAUUUCUUGAUUUCAAACGGAAGAACAAGAUUCGAGCAUUUGUGGACAAAUUGAUUGAAAGGCACUUGGCAACGACUUCCAGUGUGAAGCGUUAAUGCUCCCGGGGGGUUGACUAGCAGCCAGUUUCAAUAACCCAAAUGCAUGGUAUUUGAUGAUGCCUACCUAAUUCAAGAUCUGAAGCAUUAUGAGCUCGUCUCAGCCGGUUGACAGUAACUCCAGAAAGUGACCAUCAACAUAAACCAUCUAUAUGCCCUUUUCUUGCUGUUUGCAGGUAAGGCACAUGAAGUUGCACCUGCGAAGAUGAUGCAGCAUAAGCUGUCAAGCCAAACAGUUCAUCCUUCAGUUGGAGCAGGACCGAUUAGCAUGGUUACAGCAAAGUUGUCAAAGAAUAUGCAUCUCGGUCACUGAAAGAAGACUCCUUUUAAGUUUUGGUGUUGUUUUCUUUCGAGUCCAUUGGGAUCUAAAGGGGAUGCUGAAGAGGUUAGAAACUUAAUCAAGAUGUAUAGACAUGAUAACCAGCUAGUCGUUUUGAAAUAGCAAUAGACAUCAUGUCAAUUUAAAGAUGAAUGAAUUGACAUGAAAUUGUUCUAUUUGUCCUCGAAGAACUUGUAAUUGUAGGUUACAGAUUGACCCUAUUCUUUGUUCAGGGAUCUCUUGCAUUGAUACUGAGUCAAGUUUUUAGUCUUUGUACAGUGUAUUUGGAAUAUUUUGAUAUCAAAGAGCUGACAUCCUUGUCUUAUAGCAAAA